GGAGGCGGGGUCAGAGCGCAGCGGCGGAUCCCAUCGCUGCUCCCGGAGGCUGCCAGGCAGCGGCCCAGGCGGGCACUCAGGAGCAGGCACGAUGGAUUCCUUCAAGGUGGUGCUGGAAGGGCCAGCCCCUUGGGGCUUCCGUCUGCAAGGGGGCAAGGACUUCAAUGUGCCCCUCUCUAUCUCUCGGCUCACGCCCGGAGGCAAAGCUGCACAGGCCGGUGUGGCUGUGGGAGACUGGGUACUGAAUAUUGACGGUGAGAACGCGGGCAGCCUCACGCACAUCGAAGCCCAGAACAAGAUCCGCGCCUGUGGGGAGCGCCUCAGCCUGGGUCUUAGCAGAGCCCAGCCUGUUCAGAGCAAACCACAGAAGGCCCUGACCCCUCCCGCCGACCCCCCGAGGUACACUUUUGCACCAAGCGCCUCCCUCAACAAGACGGCCCGGCCCUUCGGGGCACCCCCACCUACUGACAGCACCCUGCGGCAGAAUGGACAGUUGCUCAGACAGCCGGUCCCCGAUGCCAGCAAGCAGCGGCUGAUGGAGGAUACCGAAGACUGGCGGCCGCGGCCGGGGACAGGCCAGUCCCGCUCCUUCCGCAUCCUUGCCCACCUCACGGGCACAGAGUUCAUGCAAGACCCGGAUGAGGAAUUCAUGAAGAAGUCAAGCCAGGUGCCCAGGACAGAAGCCCCAGCCCCAGCCUCAACUAUACCCCAGGAAUCCUGGCCUGGCCCCACCACUCCCAGCCCCACCAGCCGCCCACCCUGGGCUGUGGAUCCUGCAUUUGCUGAGCGCUAUGCCCCAGACAAAACCAGCACAGUGCUGACCCGGCACAGCCAGCCAGCCACACCCACGCCUCUGCAGAACCGCACCUCCAUAGUGCAGGCCGCAGCUGGAGGGGGCACAGGAGGGGGCAGCAACAACGGCAAGACUCCUGUAUGCCACCAGUGCCACAAGAUCAUCCGCGGCCGCUACCUGGUAGCACUGGGCCACGCAUACCAUCCCGAGGAGUUUGUGUGCAGCCAGUGUGGAAAGGUCCUGGAAGAGGGUGGCUUCUUCGAGGAGAAGGGAGCUAUCUUUUGCCCCUCCUGCUAUGAUGUGCGCUAUGCACCCAACUGUGCCAAAUGCAAGAAGAAGAUCACUGGAGAGAUCAUGCAUGCUCUGAAGAUGACCUGGCACGUCCAUUGCUUCACCUGUGCUGCCUGCAAAACGCCAAUUCGCAACAGAGCCUUUUACAUGGAAGAAGGGGCCCCCUACUGCGAGCGAGACUAUGAGAAGAUGUUUGGCACAAAAUGUCGAGGCUGUGACUUCAAGAUUGAUGCUGGAGACCGCUUCCUGGAAGCGCUGGGCUUCAGCUGGCAUGACACAUGCUUUGUUUGCGCAAUAUGUCAGAUCAACUUGGAAGGAAAGACCUUCUACUCCAAGAAGGACAAGCCCCUCUGCAAGAGCCACGCCUUCUCUCACGUAUGAGUACCUCACGAGAUUGCCACCCUACUCCGCCGAAAGGGUGGAAAACUAGAGAGAUCACCCUCGACCUGCCUGGGUAGGGCUGGCAGUAGCUGUCCCAGCCUCAGCUCCUGGCCCGGUCCUGGGGUUCCCUCUUCACAGUCCCCGUUCCCACACUUCCUCCACCAUCACUCACUCACUGGUGCUGGCCUAGCCCCAGUUCACUCUGGUGCCACAAUAAACCUGUAUCUAGCUGUGUGCUCUGUGCCUCCCCGCUUUGCAUCCGGAAUGGUGGGACUUGAGACAGGAGGAGGAUGAGGGUUAAGAUGGUGCUUGGGGCCGAGCCUUUUCAUCCUCCUGGGGAUGUGGAAGCUGCAGGAUCCCUGAGAUGAAGUGCAGUGUGGAGCCUGUGUCCUGGGCUUACUGCUGCCCACAGAUGUGAAGGCAGCCACUGGUGGGAGUUAGGGGUGGAGGUGGGAUGUGGCUGCCAGGUGAGACACGGCAUCAUCUGUGCGGCAUCUGCCUUCCACCAUCCACACCUAGAGAACUAGAACGGAGGGAAGAUCAAGCUGGGAGGGAGGGAGCCUGGAGUGCUAGGCUCAAGCCCUAGAUGGGGAUCUGCAAUGUCCCUGGGACAGUGUGGACACAGAGAGGUGCCCAGGAAAGGCAGUGUUGGAGAGAGGACCCAGGGACGAGCCCCAGCAUCCUUUGACAAUGUUGCUAGGUAUCUUAUUACAAACCAGAGGCUGCCUACUCGUCCUACUCAUGCCAUGUUCCCAUCCACCUCGCCAGGUGGCUGCGAGUCUUUUUUUUUUUUUUUUAAGAGGUAUUUUUAUGUAUGAGUGUUUUGCCCAUAUGCAUGUAUGUAUGUACACCAUUUGCAUACUUGGUGCCCAUGGAGGGUAGGAGACCAUCGUCGUCGUCAUUAGAGUCUCUGGAGCUCUAGAUUGUUGUGAGCCACCGUGGUGGAGUCCAGACCUCAGACCUCUGCAAGGGCAAGGGCAAGGGCUCUUGAGCUCUGAGCCUUCUUGCCAGCUGUUUGUUGUUUGUUUUUGAGACAGGGUGUCUCUCUGUAGUCCUGGCUGUCCUAGGGCUCAGUCUGUAGACUAAGAUGGCCUCCAGCUCCCUGAGACCCCCCUGCCUCUCCCUUUGGAGUACUGAGAUUAAAGGCCUGCAGCACACCGA